GUUGUCGUGACGUCACGCUGGAGGGGAAAUUCGAAUGUGGCUUUUCUUCUGCCGCUUUUGUUGCCUGCCUCUGGUCCAAAGCGAUAGCGCCCCGGUGUUAUUCAAUCAUUUCUUUAGAUUGUACCUGGAAAACAUGGCAUUGCCAAUAGAAGGUAUAAAAUUUAUUACAGAAGAGACCCUGGAUGUUGAUCUGUAUUCUCCAUUAGAUGGGGAGAGCGAAAGUACUGGUGGAGGACAGGCCUUUCAGUGGAAGCCACUCAGUCCAGAGAAGCUGACGGAGGUCAUGAAGGAAGCCAAUAUGCUGGCUUCUCAGCUGGAGAAGUGCCGGCUGAGAGAGAAGAUAGGGCUUCAGGCAGUUUCCGAAUGUGAGCCUUUGCCACUUUUGCAAGAGGAGAGCCCAAGAUUCAGGAAAACAAGACGGAGGACAUUCGAUGUGAAAAACAGCAAAAUGCAGGCACUUCUACGAACAGUCGAGCCUGGAACUGGUUCAGCUCAAAAUUCCCCCAAAGCUCCUUCUCCCAAGCGGGGAGGUCAGGCUUCCUGCAGUGUAACAAGUAACAAGAAACUCCAAAAUAAACCAAAGAUCUUGGGGACUGAGGAUCAGCAGUUGAAGAAGUAUGGAGUGAGGCAGUCACUCAGGGCCUCGACAUUGAUCAGAUCUACUGUUAGAUCUACCAUUAAGAAGCCUCAAGUGGCUAGUAGGAUCAGCAGAAAAGACAAAUCCCUUCCACUCACCAACCCUGAUAACCCACAACAUCAGCAGUCCCCAGAGCAUUUGAAGCCCGUCCCUCGAACCAGCAGGAAGACAGCAGGAACUACUGGCAAAGAUGCUCCCAGUAAAGAGCCACAGUUGAGCCAUAAGGAUUCAUCCAGGAGAGGUACGACAACUGUGGAACGUAUGAAAGGAAAACCGGAUCCUAAGCUUUGCCCACCUGAGACCAGAGCUCCAAAGAGGUCCCUUGCUGCUCCAAAAAAGUCAGUGGAUCUCCAGAAGGCGAAUGCAAAUCAGUCCAAAACAACAGAAGGUGACAAGUCACAGUUGCAAGCAGUUUCCAAGCCCCAUAGAGGCUCGUAUCAGAUUAGAAACACUCGUUCUACCAUAUCUCCACUUGCAAGCCGAAUCCCAGUUCCAAAAGCAGCCAACUGCACCGCAACCUCAGGCAGGUGUCCAAUGACACUUUCAAGGAGGUCCAAUCAGCUCCAGGCACUGAACGUGGGACUGCCUGGUGGGAAGGGAUCUCCAUUGCCAACUCCUGCUAGCAAGGAAGCUUCCACAGUUCAGCAGACAGCCCUAUUCAGCCCUUCCCAGAACAUCAAGCUGCGGCUGAGGAAGAAAACCUCUGACAAUUCAAGAAUCGUAGAGUUAGAAGAAACCUCAUGGGCCAUCCAGUCCAACCCCCUGACAAGAAGCAAGAAAAUUGCAUUUAAAGCACCCCCAAACUCUGCUGAAAAGCCUCCAAAGAAGGAGCCUCCAUCACACUCUGGGGCAGAGAGUUCCAAUGCCGAACAUGUCUCACCAUUAGGAUGUUCAUCCUAAUGUUCCGGUGGAAUCUCCUUUCCUGUAGUUUGAAGUCCUUGUUCCAUGUCCUAGUCUCCAGGGCAGCAGAAAACAAGCUUGCUCCCUCCUCCCUGUGACUUCUCCUCACAUAUUUACACUUGUUCUCACAUAUUCUCUCCUUGAGACAUAGAGUGGCUGUGACAGUGAGGAGGGGCUUCAGAGACAAUUCAGUAGAUUGUGGGGUGGAAUAUCUUCACGCAGGCCUGCUGUGCUGUUUUAAUCCAUUCAGGACUGUGCUAAAUGUUGAAAGUAUACUGGUGUCUAGUAUUUGGGGAAGAAUUCUGAAGCUAAUAAUUUAUCACUGCAUUUCUUGGGGACAGGUGUUGGAAGUUUUGAUCAACUGAGACUUUUUCCUUCCGAAGAUAAUCCUGGGCAACCUGCUUUCCUCUCUGCUGUUAUCAGAGGAAACUUGUUACCCCUUCUGUUGUGGACCCCCACUACAAUUCCUAUGCCCAGUCAUGCUAUUUCGCUCCUACAACCUACAACACAUUCCUCCUUGCCACUACUUUAUUAAGUGCCUUUUGAUUUAUAGAUCAGACUGGGAUGCUGGGAAGCAUUCUAAGCCAAGAAGUGGCUCGCAGGGACUUUGUUAAGUAUUUCUAGUUUUAUCACAAGUCGGGAACCUUUUCUUCUCUGGCUCUUUCGGCCAAUUUCCAUCAUCUCUUCUCAACUUGACUAUUAUCAUUGCUAGGGGAUUGUGGGCAUUGUAGUAUGAAAUAUCUGGAUGGCCAGUCUCCCCAUUCACUUAUCAGCUUAAGACAAUCUUGGCUAACCUGAUGCUCUCAAGGUAUUUUAAAGUCCCCAGGCAGCAUUGCCCAUUGCCUCUGAAGAAUGUAAACUGGGGAAAGUUGGCCUAAAUCCUUCAUUAAGAAAAGCAGUAUUGGAUGUGGACCAAUGCAAUAUUCAGUCUUCCAAAGGGCAAACCACUGCAGCACAGAGCUGUACAAGUAUUAUGUUUGUAAAGAUUAUGCUGUUACUGGAAAAUAUGUAUGUUACAAUUGCUGUUUUGUAAAAGAGCACUAUCUAUAGGUAAUACAUUUCACUAAUCAUGUAGCAAUGAAUUUUGAGAAUUAAUGUUUUGUUUGACUAAGCUUGCUAUGUGCUAAUCGUUCUCAUUUUUAUGAGAACUUGGUUCUCAUUUUUAUGUCUGAACAUAGACAGCUUUUAUUUCAAACUCUUUAUGACGACAUAUUUGUAUAUGCUAUCCUUUUAUGGUCCUCUGUAAAAUAGUGCCCCAGGUUAUGAAACCAAGUGGAUUCUCUUUUGUCCAGAUUAUGGUUUGUUAGCUGCUUUUUAGUUCCAAAAAACUCGUGUACAGUCACAGACAGAUACUUAAAUGUGAAAAUCAAGAAGGCUGCUAUGUAUGUCUCUUCCGCCCACAUCCACCCUGGGGCUCUUCUAUUGUUAAUGGUGACAAGAGGAAGAAAUUGAAGCACAAAUGUUUUAAAAGCUUCAUUUGUUCUACUCUGCAGCUGCUGGAAACACAUGAGAUUUGCCUGCUCCCAAACAGGUCAUAGCUCUGUAAUUACGUAUUUAUUUCUUCUACUUCCUCAAAUUAAUGUAGCCUUUUAAUUAUUCUUACCAUCUUUCUAGCUUUUCUGUUCUUUCUUCAAAGAUGUGGGGGGGUGGGGGGAGUACAUUGUUCUCAAGAUACAUUUCUGUGAUUGAAGGAAACAAGUAAUGUCUGUAAGCAGAAAAGACGGUGUUUUGUAUUGUGUUCUUUAUGUGAUGACAGUUCGAUAUGAUACAUUAACAGAACUUGAUCCAUAGGGUCCUGGACAUCCUUUGAAGGCAAGAGAUGACAUGGUUGAAAGCCUGUGGAACAAUUGCUUAAAAUGUAGAAAAUCACAAUUCAAAUAUGUUUUGAGGUAGAGAAUGGGUGAUGAAUGACUCCCACAAUACUGUAUUUCCUCAUAAAUCUUGUAUGAGAGUGAGGGCUCAUCCUUUCCCUGUGGAAUAAUUGUUGUGUUGUACUAUUAAAUAUAUAUAUUCUAUUUUUUUUAACAGACCCAAAAUUUAGGAAUGUUUUGUAGACUCUUGACAAAAUGAUACAUAUAUGUAUUUUAGAUUUUGAAAUAAACAAA